UGGCUGGAGACCUUGAUCACCUAAUAUCCCAGACUCGAGAGAAGCAGGCAGCCACUUUAUCAGAGGUCACCUGGCUAGGCCGAACUGUGCCUGUGAGACAAGAAAAGGUUCGAGUGUUUCUACUUAAUGCCCAAGAAGUUGAGACUGAGGUGAAGAGAGCUCCAGAUUUAACAGCAAAAAUUGAAGUUUAUGAAAGACUACUCAUGGAAUGCAAGGAUGCUCUACAACUCCUUAGAGAUGAACUGAAAUCUGAUCAGAAUCCUAAGUCUCGUAGCCAGACAGGUGAUGGAACAGUUUCAAGUCUCACGUUCCUUCAUUCCUACUUGUCGUAUAUAAGAUUGAGUAAAACUAUAAUACGCAACAUUUUGAUGAUUGACUCUCUCAAAGAAUCACUCUAUAAUUCUAAUGAAGGGAAAAAAACCACCAAACCACAGGAUCUCAUCCGACCAUAUGAGAUAAUUAUUCAGAACUUAAAAGAAAUCUCUCAGUUACCAGGAGUUGACCCAGGUUCCCAGUUUGUUGAGGAAAUUCAGGCAGAGAUCUUAGCUUACAAAGCAUUGAGGUGUUAUUACAUCGCACAGGCUUUCUCAGCAGCAAGUAAGUGGACAGAAGCCAUGGCCCUCUACCAGCGAGUGGAAGAAUAUGCUGAAAGUGCUCUUGCUGAUGGAUCGUUGAACAAAGAACUGUCUAUUUCAUUGAAAGAGUUACAAGGAUUAACUGAAGGACACAAGUACUCGGCACAUGCUAUGGGCAUCCUUGGUAAUGAUGAGAUGGCAGAAAAGAUGACCAAGAUGUCGCUGCAAGAUAAAAAGACACUUGCAGAUCGUUUGGACCAGUAUUUUGAAGACCCAUCCCUCGUGUCUCGACAGCCUCAUAUAGCACCUUUUCCUCCAGACUAUAAGCCAGUUCCCUGUAAACCUUUAUUUUUCGACCUGGCUCUUAACCACGUAGAAUUUCCAUCUUUAGAUGAACACUUAGAGCAAAAGAAAGGUGGUGGUAUUAGUGGUUUUGUCCGUGGCUGGCUGGGAGGUUGGAAGAAAUAAAAGUUUAUAAAUUUCCCAAUAUUACUGGUUUUCUUGGGAUAAUGAGAUGCUUACAAUAGGGCAGGAACUGUAAUGAAUAGUUUUUUUUUUCUAUAUUUGUAAAGAACAUUCAGUUUGUUUCCUAAUUUAGUAUAUUUAUCUUCCACUAUAUGUAGACAUGUGAAGAUCUUCAAAUAGAUUUAUGACAUAACUAAAAGAGAAGAAAUUGUGAAACAUUUUAUCUUAUUGGACUUCUUUACUUGGAACACAAUCUUUUAAUGUCUCCAACAUUCCUUACACGUGUCAUGUUUGUUACUUAUGUUGGUUGUUAGUUCUUUCCUAGUAAAAUACUUCAGUUUUUCCAGCAGUUUGUAAGGUAUAAUUUCUGUAUUUAGUAGUUUUAGUUUUAUUCAAAGGAAACGAAUAACUAUGUGAAUAUCUAUCAUGGUGAACAGUCUGCUGGCUGUAUAGACGAAUUUAAUGUUGUGUCAUGAUAAAGUCAUCUUGGUGUUUAUAAUUAAUCAACUGCUACAGUUUAGUUAAAUGAUGUUACAUCAGUGGCGUAUUUAACAUUGGGGCAAUGCACCGACAGGCCCUUCGUAUUGUGGGCCCCAAAGUAAUGCAAAAAAACUUAGAAAUUUCUUUACCUAUAACUAAUCACUACAGAGAGGACCCAUAAGAAAAUUGCACCAAGUAGUUUGAAAUGUUGGAAACACCUGUGUGUUGCAUAACAGACCAAGUGGUUUAAACCUAUCAAUAAACUUGGAAAAUUAAAUAUCAGUGUGGUGACCGUACAUUCACGUUGACAGAUGUUAUUAGUUGGAUUACAUACUUUUUUAAUCUCUUGUAAAAAUGUUGCUGAAGGAUGAAAAUAUGUAACAUUUUUACUUAAGUAUAAUAACAGUUCUUACUUUGUAUAUCUUUGUCAUGACACUUAAUGAAUGUUGUGUUGUUGAAACAUAUCUUUGCAAAGCCAGUAGACUUCUCUGUCCAGAAUCAAAAAAGCACAUGUUAAUAAAAUAAAUGCUGUGCUGUAAAAUUAUUGCUGACUCAGUGCAAAGGUUUUAUUGGUUAUUGUUCUCAUUGUCCAGAGACUAAUUAAGUCAUGUUAUUGUUUUGUUUAACACCUGAUGGUAAAUAAAUUUGAUAUUAUGUCCGGAUCAACUAUUUCCAAAUGUUAACCAAAGCGAAAUAUAUGUUUCAACAAGCCCAGGUAAAAAAUGGUUAAAUUGUCAUUCUUUAACCACCAUUAUGAAUUAUUUCAAGAAGAAAAAUUUUACUUUUCAUCGUUAUUCAAAAGGUUCUGUAUUUUUCAAAGAUUUGUUUUGAUGACAUACCAGAUAAUGUCAAGUAAUGGUGCAUCACAAAUUUGGUAAUGUUAUAACCAGCACCAUCCAUGGACACAGUACAUCGCAUUAAAGUAGUAAGAGCUUUACGUGUGAAGCUUAAUUAAAUUAUCGAACUAAAUAGACCUCGUUGUAAUUCUCCAAGUGCUUAUUCCUGCAUUUGUUUGGAUAUUUCUUACAAAAAUAAUCAUUUAAAAUUACUGCUUCCAUAUUUAAUUUAUAGUUUUUUUAACCGGUUUAUAGGUGAUAGAAUAGGUGGUAUACUUCUUAAGAAACUAUAUGUUCAGGCUUGUCCUAUAAAGCUUUUAUUAAAGAGAAUCAGAAGUUAUUGUUUGUAUUUUUUCUCUAGUUCUGGAGAGAUAUGAAUGGGAAAAUAAAACAUAUCUUGAAUUUUUUUGGCA